AUUCAUUGAUUGACGAGCGACAAUAUCAGUUGAAUAGACUAACACCGUCUUCAACGACACAACCUGAGUGUGCAGUUCAAAUUAUACGGUUGAUAAAAAUAAAACCUCUUGAUUGGUUGAUUAGUGAAAAGAAAAGUGAUAGACAGAAAUCAUCUGUGUGUUAAGAAUUGUUGAAAUGUGUAACUAGGGCAGUUUUGAGAGGAAUUAGAAUUCGUUUAGUGACCACUCCAAUUGCACCCAAUUGAUCAGUGUCUCAUAAAUUUGAAGUUUCACGUGUAACAGACAUAACAAAACGAGAUAUAAGUAAGAGAGUGAAAGUAAUUAACCGAAGAUAAUUCACAAUUAUUUACGAUGACGGAAACUGUCGCUACUGAAACGCUCAUAUUUGGCGAGAUUCCGGAUGGCAGUGACAAUUUAUAUCGAUUGAAAAAUAUUGAUAAAUUGAAAGAUGAUGGUACGUCGGUUAGUUUAUCAGAAAAUGAGAAAAGCGAAACUGUUACCGGUCAACCGAUCUGUAAUGGCAAUGGUAAACCGAACGGGCAAAUAAUUUAUCAAAAUGGACAUGCAAAAUCGGAUGCGGCUGUUAUCGAUAUAGUUGAUGAUGGAAACUUUGUGAAUGGUAAAACAAUGACCAACUACGAAGAGAUAGUUCAAACUGCGAGAGCAGCAUUUGCCACAGGGAAAACACGCAAUGUAGAGUUCAGAGAACGGCAGCUCAAGCAGCUGAUGCGUAUGUACGAGGAGAACACCACUGAAAUGUGUGACGCCUUGGCAUCCGACUUAAGGAAACACAAACAGGAAGCCAUUGUCUUAGAAGUGGAAUUUUUGAAAAAUGAUCUUCGACACACACUUAUGAGCCUGCGAGAGUGGUGUAAACCAGAAGAGCCAGAAAAAUCGUUUGUUAACCUAAUGGACAAAGUACGGAUCUACAAAGAUCCCUAUGGUGUUGCUCUUGUCAUGGGCGCUUGGAAUUAUCCGAUGCAAUUGACCUUGCUACCGGUCGGUGCAGCUAUUGCAGCUGGUAAUUGUGUUAUAGUAAAGCCGAGUGAAGUUGCGCCAGCCACUGCUAAGUUUAUAGCUGAAACCUUGCCAAAGUAUAUUGAUAAUGAAUGUUACCAAGUCGUCCUCGGCGGAAUACCGGAAACAACUGAACUGCUCAAGCAGCGUUUCGACUAUAUUUUCUACACUGGAUCAACACGAGUCGGACAAAUCAUACAUCAGGCUGCCAAUAAAUACUUAACUCCAGUCACGUUAGAAUUAGGCGGUAAAAGUCCUUGCUACAUUGAUAACACAGCCGACAUUUCAAUUACGACAAAAAGAGUUUUGUGGGGUAAACUUGUUAAUGUCGGUCAAACGUGCAUCGCACCCGAUUACAUUUUGUGCACCAAAGAAGUGCAGACGAAAUUCGUUGAAGAAGCCAAGAAAGUGCUGGACGAAUGGUAUGGCAAGAAUCCACAAGAAAGUCCCGAUUUGUGUCGAAUUGUGAAUCAAACCAAUUUCCAUCGCUUAACAACCCUUCUAAAGUCUGGAAAUGUCGCGAUUGGUGGAAGGAGUGAUGUUCAAGACCUGUACAUCGAACCAACCAUUCUAAUUGAUGUCAAACCAACCGAUCCGGUUAUGCAAGAGGAAAUAUUUGGACCAAUUUUACCCAUUGUUAACAUUGACAAUGCCUACGACGCUAUCAAAUUCAUAAACUCCAGGGAGAAACCUCUUGCUCUGUAUAUAUUCAGCAAGAAAGUUGACGAUAGAGACACCAUUUUGAAUAAUACAUCUUGUGGUGGAAUCUCUGUGAACGAUAUUGGUGUGCAUUUAGCAGUUGACUCGCUACCGUUCGGAGGUGUUGGCAACAGUGGAAUAGGCGCCUAUCACGGAAAAUAUUCCUUCGAUUCGUUUACCCAUAAGAAAUCCUGUUUGAUAAAGAGUUUCAAUUCGCUGGGAGAGAAUUUGGCAUCAUCACGGUAUCCACCGUAUUCGGAAAAGAAGACCAACUUGCUGACACUGCUGUUGAAGAAACGCAGCGGCCUGCCGACGAAAUAUUUGUCGUACAUUCUGUUCUUUGGAUUGGGUGUGGGCACCACCUUUUUGAUCAACGCUUUGACCAAGACGGACGAUAACUAGAGCGAAAUGUACCUUUUAAACUGCCUACUAUCAACAUUCCAGUGCGCAUUUCAACACAAAUACUAAGUUGUGUUUCGCUUAGUUUAUACACUUGAAGAAAACCAAAAUGAUUUACCGUCAAGCCUGCGCGCAUGAUCAUUUACAUUACUAAUUUAAGAUAACACCAUGUGGUUUAGACGACAACUGGAUGCAUUUUCUAUGAAAAGGUUUUCACUUUUGGAUAACUAAUGGCUAAUUUUCGUGAUUUUUUAGUAAAAGAAAGACAAAAACAAAAUUCUGGUCGAAGUUUUGUGAAGUUUCGAUGCAUUCGAAACAACGAUAAAGAGUCAUCUUCGAUAGGUUGUAAGGAGGAAAUGUUAUUGAUAUUAUUGAAAUCUUCUAUUAAACGUUAUAACGGUUUAUGAUAAAA